GAACUACUCCUCCAUUAAAGACUAUAAGGAAGCCUUAGACAAAGGAAGCCAUAAUGGUGGUGUCGAUGCCAUUUUUGAUGAAGCUCCCUACUUUAAGGCCUUCCUCAAACAGUAUGGCUCCAAUUAUGCCGUGGUUUCAACUAAGCACCAUGCUGCUGGAUUUGGUUUUGCAUUUCGUAAGGGCUCCAACUUAACCUCGCACUUUUCGAAAGCCAUAUUAAAUAUUAGGGAGAGUAAUGAAAUGGACGGCAUUGAGGAGAGAUAUUUUGGAAGCAGCGAUGACGAUGGAAACAAAGAUCAAUCAAAUUCAUCAUCAAAUGCGAGUCCCAGUCUUACUGCUUAUAGUUUUGCAGGUUUGUUUAUGGUAAUUGGAACAUUUUCAUUGUUGGCUUUAGCAGUCUCUGAAAAUCAUAUAUGGCGAAAACCUGUUAUGCUCGCAAAGACUUAUAGCCAACAAUUUUUGAGUCCGAAUUCAACAAGAAUUAAUCCAUUAGAGGAAACUUCUACCAGAAAUGUUGACAACGAAUGUUCUGCAGACACAAAAAAUAUUGGAUCUGCAGAAAAUGAAGCAGAUAAUAAAACAUUGCCUGUGUAAGUGUGUUUGUAUAGAGUGAUGGCAGGCCAUUUUUGCGGUGCCCGU